AUGAGGAGCUCCGCGAGGCUGCUAGCCAACGUCACAAAAUACCUCGAAGCAAACACGCCCACCGGUCUCACAGGCCUGACCACCCAUCCUGCGCCUCGGCCAGCCCUCAUCUACACAUACAAACAGACGCUCAAGAGCUUGCAGCAAAUACCACAGUGCGUCUAUCGGAAGUCCGUCGAGAAUCUCACAAAGCAUCGCUUGGCUAUUGUCGAGACUGAGGUUCCCGAAGGUUACGAAGCAUGGAAGGACCGAGUGCGCAAACAGCUUGACGCAUCUCCUCAAGCAUACGAGAAGUUCAAGAACGAGGAUGGGAGCUAUUCCCACGAUUGGAUUUCUCUACAGAAGGCCGUGCCCUGGGAUGGCGAAGUGACAAGGAAAUCUGCCCGAAGCAUAAUGUCCAAGGGCUUAGCUGAUGCAGAAGCCAAAGCAAAGGCUGCGCAAGCUGAGGUUGACGAGAUUGAGAGGGAGGAGAGGGAGGGUCCAGUGCCAACCGUUGAGGAUAUCGAGGUCGAGCCGCCCUUGACCGCCCAACAGAUCGAAACCAUUGAGAACAAAAUCGGUGCUGGUCUGAUAGAGGAAGUCAUCGCGGUUGCAGAGAAUGAGUUCGAGCUAGUCGAUUCCAUGCUGAAGGCUCAGCCGUGGGAACCGCUCGAGGAAGAAACACCUCCGGGUCAGUGGACAUACUUCGAGCGCGGCGAUCGUGUAUAG